CGUUCGAGCUACAACUGUUGAUACAAUUAUAAAUAAAAAGAGAAGUUUAAAUGGAGAUUUUACCUCAUAAAACGCUUGCACCAUUUCCACCAACACCCACUGCUGACCGGACGCCAUGUUUAUUCUACUCUGCAGCGUCAUCAGGCGUGCCGCGUUCACGUACUCCAUAAAAAGGUGCAGCUCAGAGAUGGCCUUGACGCUCUACUACCAUCGCACAGUCCUUUUGGCUGCAUCCUUCUGCUUUCUUCCUUGUAUUACUUCCUCGCUAAACCUGGAGGAUCCUAAUGUUUGCAGUCACUGGGAAAGUUACUCUGUGACAGUGCAGGAGACCUAUGCUCAUCCCUAUGACCAGAUUUAUUACACCAGUUGCACAGACAUCCUCAACUGGUUCAAAUGCACCAGGCACAGAGUUAGCUACAAAACAGCCUAUCGCAGAGGGGAGAAAACCAUGUACAGGCGGAAAUCACAGUGCUGCCCAGGCUUUUUUGAGGAUGGAGAGAUUUGUGCUCCCUUCUGCGCAGAAAACUGUGUUCAUGGCCGCUGUAUGGCCCCCAACACCUGCCAGUGUGAGCCGGGCUGGGGGGGCUCCAACUGCUCCAGUGCAUGUGACAGUGAGCACUGGGGUCCACACUGCAGCAACCGAUGCCAGUGCAAGAACAGAGCUCUAUGCAACCCCAUCACUGGAGCGUGCCUGUGCCCACCUGGAUACAGAGGGUGGCGCUGUGAAGCUCAGUGUGAAGUGGGCACCUAUGGGACCAGCUGUCAACAGAAUCAGUGUCAGAAUGGAGCAACCUGUCAUCAUGUGACCGGAGAGUGCAAGUGUACCCCAGGAUACACAGGUGCUAUCUGUGAAGACUUAUGCCCUCCAGGUAAACAUGGACAGAAAUGUGAGGAGAGAUGUCCCUGUCAAAAUGGAGGAGUCUGUCAUCAUGUGACAGGAGAGUGCACCUGUCCUGCUGGCUGGAUGGGUACAGUGUGUGGUCAGCCAUGCCCCGAAGGAAGAUUUGGCCUAAACUGUUCCCAUGAGUGUCAGUGUCAUAACAAUGGCUUUUGUGUUCCCUCCACGGGACAGUGUCUGUGCCACGCAGGCUACACUGGAGAACGGUGCCAAGACCAGUGUCCAGUGGGGACUUAUGGAGCAGGCUGUACAAAGACAUGUAGUUGUAAGAACAAUGGCAAAUGCUACCACACUAAUGGCAUGUGUCUGUGUGAACCUGGCUACACUGGAGAGAUGUGUGAGACCAGACUGUGUCCUGAAGGUUUCUAUGGACUCAAGUGUGACAAAAAGUGUCCCUGCGCUGCACACAACACACGCAGGUGUCAGCCAGUAUCUGGUGAAUGUACAUGUCUUCCUGGAUGGUCUGGCCUCUACUGUAAUGAAACUUGUACACCAGGGUUUUUUGGAGAAUUGUGCCAACAAGUUUGUCAGUGUCAGAAUGGGGCGGACUGCCACAGUGUGACAGGACAGUGCAUCUGUGCUCCAGGAUUCAUGGGUCCCAACUGCUCAGUGCCUUGUCCAGCAGGAAGUCAUGGAAUCAAUUGUUCUUCAAGCUGCAACUGUAAAAAUGGAGCUCAGUGUUCCUCUGUGGAUGGCUCCUGCUCCUGUCAGCCAGGGUGGCAUGGGGUGGACUGCUCUAUCAACUGUCCGAGUGGCACCUGGGGUCUGGGCUGUAACCACACCUGUUUGUGUAGCAAUGGAGGGGCUUGUAAUGCAUUGAAUGGAGUCUGCACAUGUGCAUCAGGCUGGAGAGGCGAAAGAUGUGACACACGCUGCUCGGAUGGGACCUAUGGCUUGGACUGUAAAGAGCGCUGUGACUGUAGCCAUGCUGAUGGGUGUGAUCAUGCCACAGGACACUGCCGCUGCUUGGCUGGGUGGACUGGUAUUCACUGUGACAGUGUGUGUGCUGAGGGCCGCUGGGGCCCCAACUGCUCCCUCCCCUGUAACUGUAAAAACGGAGCCUCCUGCUCUCCAGAUGAGGGCACAUGUGAAUGUGCUCCAGGGUAUAGAGGCACCACCUGUCAGAGAAUUUGUUCACCAGGGUAUUUUGGCCACCGCUGCAGUCAAACCUGCCCACAGUGUGUUCACAGCAAUGGGCCAUGCCAUCAUGUAUCAGGACAGUGUGACUGCCUGCCAGGCUUCAAGGGGGCACUAUGCAAUGAGGUGUGUCCUAGUGGUCGCUUUGGGAAGAAUUGUGCUUGGAGCUGCAGUUGUACAAACAAUGGCACCUGUAAUCCUAUAGACGGGUCAUGUCAGUGUUACCCUGGUUGGAUUGGAAGUGACUGUUCUCAGCCUUGUCCUCCUGGUCAGUGGGGCCCCAAUUGCAUCCAUACGUGUAACUGUCACAAUGGAGCUUACUGCAGUGCAUAUGACGGAGAGUGCAAAUGUACACCAGGAUGGACAGGUCUUUACUGCACACAGCGAUGUCCAUUGAGUUUUUAUGGAAAAGAUUGUUCUCAGACCUGUCAGUGCAAGAAUGGAGCUGACUGCGACCACAUCUCUGGACAGUGUACUUGUCGCACAGGCUUCAUGGGACGCCACUGUGAGCAGAAGUGUCCAUUGGGUUCAUAUGGCUAUGGCUGUCGUCAGGUGUGUGACUGUCUUAAUAACUCCACUUGUGAUCACAUGACAGGCACAUGUUACUGCAACCCAGGCUGGAAAGGAGCACGUUGUGACCAGGCCGGUGUGGUGGUGGGCAGUCUCAACAGUCUAACCAGUGAAGCCAUGCACGCAGACACCUAUCAGAUUGGUGCUAUUGCUGGCAUUAUAAUUCUGGUGUUACUGGUCAUCUUCCUCCUUGUACUCUUCAUUAUCUACCGAAAGAAGCAAAAAGGCAAAGAGCCCACUAUGCCGGCAGUAACGUAUACUCCAGCAAUGAGGAUCACCGCUGAUUAUGCAAUUGCAGAUGCUCAUUCACCAUGUGAAGGACACCCAAGUAACUACUUCUCCAAUCCAAGCUACCACACUUUGACCCAAUGCAUCAGCCCACCACUGGUAAACAAUGCCUCAUAUGGACAGACCAAAAACAACCCGCUCUUUGUGAGCAUAAAGAAUGUGGAGCCAAGAAAGCGUAACAUUGCUGAUCAUACUGGUACUCUGCCUGCUGACUGGAAACAAGGGGACUGCUUCAAAGAACUAGGGGCUUAUGGCAUUGACAGAAGAUACACAGGACAAUCUUUGCAUGAUCUGGUUAAGGACACGCCUUAUCAUGCUAGUUCAUCUUCACUCAACAGUUCUGAAAACCCAUAUGCCACAAUCAAAGACCCUCCACUCCUGACAACAAAAAACACAGAGUGUGGGUAUGUGGAGAUGAAGUCUCCAACCAGACGAGAUCCACCAUAUGCUGAAAUAAGCAACAGCAGCCCCACAAACAACAGAAAUGUCUAUGAAGUUGAGCCAACUGUGACCACUGUACCAAGCGGGCAAUUUGGUCAGGAUCCCUACGACAUGCCGAGAAAUAGCCACAUCCCCAGUCAUUACGAUAUUCUACCAAUGCGGGAGAGUCCCACCUCAGAGGACAAUAACAUGGACAGUGAAUAACAGGACAGAGGAGCCAUAUUCAGACUGGACCGCCGCUUUGACUGGGCAGAACCACAACUGGAAUUCCUAAGUGUUGCCACCUUUGGAAACUACUGCUGUACUAUGUGGCACUGAUCUGUUGGAUACAAGC